GCUGUGUGGCAACAGAACCCAUGGUCUGCGCCUGGGCCCCUAAGGUACUUUCUAACAGGAAAGAUGGACCUAGGGAAGGGCAAGCUUCUCAGGACCGGCCUCAACGCCCUGUACCAGGCAAUCCAUCCUGUGCAUGGUAUCGCUUGGACUGAUGAGCAGGUUGUCCUGACUGCACUGCACCUGCAGAACACAGAACCCAAAUUUGGGGACUCGAGGAUCAUGGGGCAGUUUGAGCAUGUGCAUGGGCUGUCCUGGGGUCCCCCAGGGGCAGCAGGCAGCCCCACCCUACUGGCAGUACAGCACAAGAAGCACGUCACCGUGUGGCAGCUGUGCUCAAGCCUUUCAGAGAGGAGCAGGCUGCUGGUAUCCCAGACAUGUGAGAUCGGGGAGCCCUUUCCCGUGCUCCCCCAGGUGGUGUGGCACCCCCAGAAGGCAAUCCUGACUGUGCUCACCAGCCGUGACGUCUCCGUCCUCCACUCGGUGCACUGUGACAGUUCCUGGGUAAAGGCUGACCUGGUCAAAGUCCAGGGCUUUGUGCACUGUGCCUGCUGGACCUGUGAUGGCCAGAGGCUGGUAGUGGCCGUGGGCAGUGCCCUGCAUUCUUUCAUGUGGGAUGACUCCCAGAAGACUCUGCACGCGUGCUCUUUCUGCCCGGUGUUUGACGUGGGCAGUCACAUCUGCUCUGUGCUGGCCACUGUGGACAUGCAGAUUGCUGUGGCCACCGAACUCCCGCUAGACAAGAUCUGUAGCCUCCACUCAGUUGAGGCCUUCGAGAUGUCCACUGCGGAGAAAACGCAGAACUCACCCUCAUCCCUGGCUGGCACCAUGGAGGUGUCUUCUGUGGACGGGAAAGCAUCCCCUGACUCGGACCCAUCCUCCUCUGCUUCCCUCUCAUCUUCCCUGGACUCCUUGGACCUCACUCUGAUGCUCCCCAGGAGUCAUCGAUGUGACUCGAGCUCACUCUUCCACCUCCGAGAAGGGCUGCCUAUCUGGGGCUGGCCAGACUCCUCUCAUUUGGUCCUGGUGACCUUUGAUAGGAUGGUCACCACCACCCGGAAGGUAGGCAUCCCUGGCAUCCUGGUACCAGACCUGCUGGCGUUUGACCCCAAGUCUCAGGUGGCAGCUGUGGCCUCCAACACAUGCCAUAUCAUUUAUUCCCUGAGCCCCUCCUUGGUGCCUGGUGUCCAGUGCAUCCAGCUGGAGACCUGUGAGAGGCCCAAGGGCAUCUGCUUCUUGUCAGACAAACUACUCCUGAUUUUGGUGGGGAAGCAAAAGGUCAUGGACCCCACUUUCCUUCCCUCCUCCAAGUCUGACAGGUACACCAUUCGCUUGGUGGUCAGGGAAGUCACCUUUGAGGGAGAGCCCUCCUGGAAAUCCACCUGGAGCCAGAGAGAUUUCUGCAAUGUCAGCACAACCAGUAAGACGAAGCUGGGGGAGAGUCAUUGGCCCAUCUCCUACCCCCAGAUGAGGGAGCUCCUCAUCCCUGGGAACCUCACCAUGCAGUCUCUGGCUAGUGGGAAGACUCUGAUCGAGGAAAUCACAGUGGCUUCACAGGCCCCAAGCCCCAGGCCCAACACCACACAGCUGAGCAAGCCCACGCCAACCGCCAGUGCCGCUGCCUCUGUGGAAGGGCUGGAAGCUGUGUCCAGCCCCCGGUCCCCAGCUCCCCUCAGCCCUGAGGCCAGGUCAAGCUCACCCAAGACUCAGCGCCGCCUGAUACAUGAGCCCCUGAAUCUUCCCCAGGGCAAAGUCUCUGGGAAGGAAGAAGAGGAAAGUCAGCUGUGUGGGAUACUGGAGAAGCUAUCUGGAAACUUCACAGACCUCCACCAGCGCCUCUUAGAGCUCACAGACCUUCUGCAUGGGAAGGAGCAGCCCUUGUCCCCCAGCACUUACCCGCUGUCUCAAGACCCAUCUUUUCUUCUCAUCACAUAUCAGAAGCCAUCCCCCACAGGGCCUGUGGUGGACAAGAGAGCAUUCCUUCUCUGUAAUGGCAAGGUGCGCCUCCAGAUGGUUCAGCAAGUGUUUGGCCUCUCUCUGGUGGAGAUGCAGCAUGGCUCCCUCUGGAUCCUCCUUUCCGCGGACAGUGAGGGCUUCAUCCCACUAACGUUCUCGGCCUCCCAGGAGAUCACCAUCCGAGAUGGCAGCGGCAGCGGGCUGGGCUCCCCCACCCAGUGAGUCAGCCACCAUCUGCUGAGCGAGCAUUUGCACCUGAGUGGUACCCACACCUCUACUAGGCUGUUGUGCAGCGUUGAGACGUCAGAGCUCUCGGGGACAGAUGGGCUUGAAAGGGGCCCAUGCGUCACUUUGCAAAGAGACAGGAACAAUAAAGUGUGGUGACCGCUGCUGCUGCCACCACCAAGGAGUCUGAGUCCCUCUCCUCUCC